CAAGUCAAAGGCAAAGUCGUCGUUAGGAAACCAUCCCUCAACCCCGACUGUAACCUCAACCUCGAUCUCGACUUCUGUCGUGCCAUCGCAACGGGCGCCUCAUCGCACCGCUAUGCCAACACAGACACCACCACUCUCCUCGCCCUCGCCCUCGCCCACACCUUCGCCCUCCCCCUCAACUCCGUCAUCUUCCUCGGCCUCUCAUGUCACUCAGUCAGCAAUAACAUCUCCUGAAGCUGCUUUCUCAUCCCCUUUGACUCUGCUUCCUCACACGCGCGUUGCACCCAUGACGACAUCCUUGACAUCAGCAGCUCAGCACACCCCAUCUGCUGCUUUCUUAAACAGCGACAAACAUCAACAGGAUCGCCAGCCGUAUGAAUGUGACCCGUCUAUGCAGGACGACAAUGGCAAGCAUCUGAACACGUCUACUAGUCUAUCUCAAACGACUACACCAGUUAUUCAACCGCCCGAGGCUAAUCCAAAGAACGACGGUCAUACGCCGCAGCAGGACCAGGCACAGUCAUUAUCUACCUCCAGGACCAUCCCAUCGACCUUUAUCACACUUGCAGAUGGCCAGGAUAUUGGUUCGGACGAUGACGAACUUGAAGGUGUAUCAGCAGCAGCAACCGGAUCUACUCGUAGGCGUAAUGUCACUACAGAAGCGGCGCCUUCGACUGGACCGUACCUGUCCACAGGCACCGUUGGCCAAAGAUCACUUUCGACACCAAACCUCCACGCCGACAACAGCCUGAUCAUCUCGCCCGCUAACAGCCCGCCCGGCUCUCCCGGACUGCCAGCCAUUGCCUCUGUCACGGACUCUAGCCUCCCUUUGGCCAUGUCCUUGGACAGUGAAUCAACUAGUUCUCCUGGGAGUCCCAGCAUCAUGCUCUCGCCAGCGGCUUCUCCAAACUCAUCACCACGCCUCACUCCUCGAGCGUCAACGACAUCUGUAUCAGGAAUAGCACUCUCGAGCUCUCGAACGAUGAACACAGACCGCCAGGGUAGUAGACCGUCUUCCUCCAAAACAGCAAAGACGUCGACUGCUGUUCCGGAUAGCGUAAAAACAUUGAAGUCCUCCAAAAACAAGACCAUCAAUAGACACUCAGUCACAUCACUAUUCGACACCGGUGCAUCGUCCAUGACACUACCGACCAACUUUGCCAGGAAAGGAUCGCUCACUCAGGACGCUGCAAACGCAGGCAACAAUGCUGGACUCGCAGGACUGUUUGUCGCCCAAUCGCAGGAUCUGACCAGCACGCCUUUCAGUCUCACUUUGGCAGAAUUCAGGCUGAAUGAUAUCUAUCCAAAGAGACAACGUCGACUCUUGACAGUACUGCACCGUAUGGACAGCCGUCUACGAAAGGAGGGUGUCAUCAAGAAGCUUACAAAGGAGCAGCUGAAAGGAAAGCCAGAUAAGGAGAUUAUGAAGCCAAACCGCAAGUCAUUGAACAAGGAAUAUGCUAAGAAGGGAAGCCAAGGGGGAUUCAUGGCGCAGAGGGUACCCGCAUUUCUCAGAUCCAAGAAGCUGAAGAAGAGGACACGCCCAGUCAUUCUUCACAAUAUCGAAAUGGCAAUCCGCGAUAAAAAGCCGGAGCUGGCACUCCAGUACAUCAGCUUGCUUCCGUCCAACGCUCUCAAGAAGAAAAAGAAGAAAUCUUACUCGGAUCUGAACCACUGCAUGCUUCUUGCUAUGAUCUACAGGAUGGAGCAAGUGGCCAUUGAACUCGUGGAGCGGGGAUUCCCUAUCGACGUCAACUACCCGAUCAUUGGAAAGGCGCGGGAUGAAUAUCGCACCAAGCCAGGAAGAACCGGCCCUUUUGAAUACCCAAGCUACUUUAUUGUCGCCGUUGGUCUCGGCAUGGCCGACCUCGUCCAUGCCAUGAUCAAGAAUGCGAAUCUCAAUCAAUCGUGGUGCGGCCUCACGCCACUGCUGCUGGCAACGACGCUGAACGAGUGCACGAACGCGACAUGCCCGCCGCCAACAUUACCCCCUGCAAAGCUGGCCAGCAUGCUAUCUAGAGGCGAGAAGUUUCACUUGGAUAUGGCGUCCCAGACCCUCAUCAACCAGCUCCCUUCGUCUUUCAACAAAUCAACCAACACUCAGUUCCGCAUCCCAGGAUACACGCCUACGAGUCCCAACAGUAUUGUCACCACAUUGCUUGAAUACGGUGCGGAUCCCAACCAAGGUAUCACGCUGCAGCAGUAUCUCUGGGCCAACAAGUUAAAGGGUAUGGGUGUUCUCUCUCGUCGGCGCAAGACUGUUGAUUCCCAGAAUGCUACCAUCGACAACCCGAUCGAAUUUUACAUUGCCGCUAGGAGACAUGAGAGUGGGCGUCAAUGGCUGAGUCACGAGGAGAUUAAGGCCCGCAAGGCAGCCAAGACGCAGGCUGCUCAGCCUGGGGAUGGCAAGAAGCGAUUCUCGCCAGAGAUGCAGGAAUUUUGGAAGGGCAAAUCGAUUCUACCUGUGGAGCUGGCGAUUGCCUCAGGAAAUUUUGACUGUGCCAGGUCUAUUCUUCAACGGUUGAAUCAAAACUCUUUGACGACGUCUUCGUUCGGUCUGCUGCUCCAGAAUGAUGUCAUGCUAACCUUGUCGCUGAUCAAGUCUGGAAGCCCAGUGUCGCAACAUGACUUGCAUGGGUGCACACCCUUGCAUUUGGCGGCCCGAAGAGGCCACCUGGAGAUGGUAAUGGUUCUGGUCCAGCUCGGCGGCGACGUCAACAGUCGGGGAGAGCGACAGUGGACACCUCUGCACGAGUCGAUCAGUCAGAAUCACAGCAGCAUUUCAUCUCUCCUUAUUGCAUGCGGAGCGGAUCUGCAGGCCAAAAACGAUGCUGGCGAGACGCCAGAAGAUGUUGGCCGGAGACGUGGAUUGGCUCCAGAGAUCCUCUCUGAACAUUUAGAUGUGGCAAAAGCAAAGAACCGUAGCGCAGGUAUUGUCAACUCGUUUGCGAGUCAUCUUUCCAGCCAUGUAUCGGCAGCGGUAGAGACCCGGUCAGGAGCAUCUUCUCGCAGAGGAAGCUUUGAGCAACUGACGUCGAACACAUUACAGUCGAUGAUCAUGGGGAGCUCAGAGAGGAACGCUAGUCUGGACCAGUCCCGUCUUUCUCAGCACUAUACUUCGCCUCUUGCGGAUAUCAGUAAUGGUGUCAGCAACAACAACAACAACAGCAACAACAACAACAGCAGCAGCAGCAGCAGUGGGUUUAAGUCACCGCUGUCAAGGUCUGAGGACUCUUUGCACCAGACGAACGGCAGUGGCAGCGGACCAAAUACGCCGCUGACGCCAACCUCGAGCACGUCGAGUCUGAACGGCAGUCGAGGCAGCCAUAGCGAGAAGAAGAAGAAAGUGCGGGGGUUUCUUAAGAAGAUCUUUAACUAGACAAAACAGAUUAUUACCUAUAGAAUCAAAUCGUAUGAACUACAGGUCCUUUGGCCCUUUUUUUUUUUUUUCAAGACUAAUAUAGAGAUUGCUGGCAUGUCGCACGUGAUAUUCU